AUGUCGACUCUCGAAGAUAUCGAGUCCAAACGCUCUCCCCAGGAGAAGACCUCUUCGGUCGAGACGACCGACCUGCAGAAUCAUGAUGACCCUGAUAUUAUCAUCGAGGCUGGGUUGCGCAGAGGUCUGUUGGGACGACACAUUUCUCUGAUCUCACUGGCAAGUGUCAUUGGCGCGAGCUGCUUCUAUGGAUUUGGCUAUGCCUUGUUUCUCUCCGGGCCCCUGGGUGCUCUGCUGGGCUUCUCAAUCGUUGGCUGGAUCGUAUGGGCUUUGAUGCAGAGCGUUGGCGAAGUGACGACAAUGUUUCCCAUCGCAGGCGGCUUCGUCGAACACGCCAAUCGCUUCGUCGACCCUGCCUUUAGCUUCGCCAUGGCCUGGAUGUACUACUUCAUGUGGUCGGUCUUCCUAGGAAGCGAAUGGAAUGGCGCCAUCUUGAUUCUUCAAUACUGGGUUCCUGAGGAGCAUAUGCCUCUGUGGGGAUGGACUCUCGUCUUCUGGGCUUUCUUCUCCAUCCUCAGCACGCUCGGCGUCGUGGUAUAUGGCGAAGUGGAAUACUAUCUGGGCUACGUCAAGCUCUUCUCGCUGGCCCUUUGCUUCUUCCUCUCCCUUCUGGUCAAUGUCGGUGCCUUUGGAAAUGGCUACAUUGGCUUCAAGUACUGGGGGCAUCCAACCGGCCCGAUCAUCAACGGUAUAAAUGGAUUUGGUCAAGUGUUCGUCCUCGCCUCGGCCUACUACGUCGGUACGGAAAUCAUCUCCCUAGCUGCGGGCGAGACCAAAGAUCCAAGAAAAUCCAUUCCAAAGGGAGUCAACAACGUGGUAUGGCGAAUCCUGUUCGUGUACCUUGGCCUCAUCUUUUUCCAAGGCAUUGUCUGCCCUUCGGAUUCCGACCAACUGGUCAACGCAAAUUCUACGACCGCAUCCUCCCCGUUUACGAUCGCAUUUGAAAAGGCCGGCUGGUCUUGGGCGGGCCACUUUGUCAACGCCCUGAUCACCAUCGCCUUCAUCUCGGCUGUCAACGGUUGUAUCUACGUACAGUCACGGGCCCUGUAUGCCCUCGCAUUGACCGGUCGAGCACCGAAGUUCUUCACCAUCACGUCCAAGAAAGGAGUUCCCUACGUCUCUAUUCUUACAUCCUGUCUCUGGGGAUUCCUCGCCCUCAUGAAUAUUGGCGUGACGGCCGGACAAGUCUUCUCAUACAUGACCAGCGUCGGUGGAUCAGCUGCAUACAUUGCUUGGGCUGGGAUCAUAUUCACCCAUCUCCGCGUGCGUGCGGGCAUGGAUAAACAGGGCAUCCCCCAGUCUUCCUAUCCCUUCCGAGCGUUUGGGAGUAUCUGGAUCUACCGCUUCAAUCUCUUCCUUUGUCUGUUCCUCCUCUUCAUUCAGGGGUUCACUUCCUUUGAACACCCGUUCAAUUGGAGAUCUUUCAUCUCGGACUAUAUCACCAUUCCAACCUCGCUGCUACUGUUCGUGGGAUGGAAAUGGUACCACAACACUCGCUGGGUCCGUCUGAGUGAAAUGGACUUCUCAGAUCGUCUGGUGAAACUCGAGGAAGAAGAGGAAUUGGAGAAACAGUCUUUCGUGAACAAAGUGACGGGCAAACUCAGACUGCGCAGGCGCCGUGUGUCAUAG